AUGGAUAGAGAUAGAGCUUCUAGCUCUGUAGCUCAUCCACCAUUUUUUAAUGGUGAAUACUACUCUGCUUGGAAACACAAGAUGCGUGCGUUCCUACUUGCCUUAGAGUCUAAAGCUUGGAAAAUGACAGUUGAUGGUUGGAAUCCUCCAACUGCAGUUAAUCCUUUUGGAACACUUGAACCAAAAGAGGAGGAUGAUUGGACUGUUGAAGAACAGUCCCUUGCUAACUCUAAUAGAAAAGCCUUGAAUGCUUUGUUUGUUGCUGUUAGUUCCGAACAGUUUGCCUAUAUUGAAAACUGUGAAACAUCCAAAGAAGCCUGGGAUAUUCUUAGGCUUACUCAUGAAGGAAAUUCAAAAGUAAAAGAAGCUAGGCUAGACAUGGUAAGUGCUGAGUUUGAAAAUCUUAGAAUGCAAGACUCAGAAACCAUUCAAGAAUUUUAUGCUAGGUUCAGUUCUCUAGCUAACUCCUCACAUAAUCUAGGUGAACAGAUUCCAGAAAUAAAAUUGGUAAAAAAGUUCCUUAGAUCCUUGCCUCCUAGAUUUGAUGCCAAGAGAACCGCGUUCUCUGAAGUUAGAGAUUUCAAAACUGUGAAACUUCAUGAAAUUGUAGGGUCUUUUAGAACCUAUGAAAUGGAAAUGAACUUAAAUACUCCCAGGAAAGGCAAGACUAUUGCCUUGAAUUCUGUCAAUGAGGAAGAAGGUUGUUCCUCACUAGAAAAGCCUGUGACUGAUGAAGACAUGGCUCUCUUCACUAGGCAAUUCAGGAAAAUUCUUAAGUUUAGAAAGCCAGAAGGAAACAGAAAUAAUUUUCAAUCAAAUACUGGCUUUAAAAAUGAAAAGAAUACUCAACAAACAGAACCUAGGGAAAAGAGAAAUAGUAAUUCCAUUAGAUGCUAUGAGUGUGGUGGAAAUGGUCACAUUGCUCCUGAAUGUGCAAACACCUUGAAAAGGAAAAAUCAAUCAAAAGAAAAGGCACUAAAAACCACUUGGAGUGAUAGUGAGGAUGAGUCAACAAUUGACUCUGAAAAUGAUGAAAACAUUGUUGCUUUCACAGCAAAAUCCACUGAUCAUAUUGAAAUGGAAAAUGAAAAAAGAGAAAUUGAUUUCACAAUAGGUGCUGAAAAGGUUGACAAAAUGUUAAACUCAGGAAAAACUUAUGGAGAUAAGACUGGACUUGGUUUCACUUCUGAAACAAACAAAAAUUCUGGUGUUAACAUAAAGUUUGUGAAAGCUAGGGAAUCUGUAGACAACGUGGAUAAGAAAAAUAUUGGUCUGGAUCAUUCCAGAUUAAUAAACACUGAAAAGUCGUAUCAAUCCACUGUUGAAACUGUUAGAAAUACUGCAAAUACCAACAAAUUUAUUCCUGUUUGUCACUUCUGCAAUGAAAAGGGGCAUAUACGACCAUAUUGUUUCAAACUAAAAGAAAAGAUCAUUUCCACAAAUCUGCAAAGACAAGUGGAAAAAUUAUCAAGAGAAGUUGAAAUAAUCCUAGGUUUGCUGAAACCUAAAAUUGAGCCUCCAAAAAGGGGUUGGUUAAAGAAAGAAAAUGUAUCAUGUCUUGUUGUUUUGACUGCCUUGUCUGUAAGAAAUUCAAAUGCUUGGUACUUUGAUAGUGGUUGCUCUAAGCACAUGACUGGAGACAAAAAUUUGUUUUUAGAUCUCUCUCUCAUGUCUGAGCUUGGCAGUGUUACUUUUGGUGAUGGUGGAAAAUCAAGAAUCCUUGGUAAGGGAACCAUUUCUGCUCCAGGGAUUGACAAGUUAGAAAAUGUUAUGUAUGUUGAAAACCUUAAAUCAAAUUUGGUUAGCAUAAGUCAGCUUUGUGAUCAAGACACGUACAAUGUUAGUUUCACAAAGGAUAGAUGCAAUGUCUUAAACAAAGAUGGAAAAAUUGUCUUGAGUGGUUUAAGGUCAAGUGAUAACUGCUACUGUGUGGUUUCUAAAUCACUUUCCCCUCGUGUGGCUUGCAACCUUGCAACUGACAACUCCUUGGUGCUAUGGCAUCAAAGACUGGGUCAUGUAAAUCUCAAAGACCUUGAGAAUUUAUCCAAGAAAGAAAUUGUAAGAGGCAUUCCCAAGUUUGGAAAUACCACAAAAUUUGUGUGCAGUGGUUGCCAACUAGGAAAACAAACCAGAACUGGUCAUGGGACUGUGAAUUCCAUGACCACCACCAGACCUCUUGAACUUAUUCAUAUGGACUUAAUUGGACCGAUUCAAACCAUCAGCCUUGGAGGGAAAAAGUACAUUUUGGUUGUUGUUGAUGAUUACUCUAGAUUUACUUGGGUUGCCUUUCUCAAAGACAAAGGAGAAACUUUCAUACAUUUCAAGUCCAUUGUCAACAAAAUUCAGAAUGAGAAAGGGAAUACAGUAAACUCUCUGUCUAGAAUGAGGAGUGAUCAUGGAUCUGAGUUCGAUAACUCAUCUUUCAUUGAAUACUGUGAUGAGUUAGGAAUUAGACAUGAGUUCUCUUCUCCUAUCACACCCCAACAAAAUGGUGUGUGUGUUGAUCUCGAUAUUUUUAAUGAAGAAAAAGGUACCCCUGAGUCAAUUGUCACUGAACAAAUACCAAGAAAAGAUGAGGAUCCUUUCUCAUCUGUGUAUGUUCAUACAGAACCUGUGGAACCUAGUCCUGCUCCUUGGGUUCAAAGAAAUCAUCCCAAUAAUGUUAUCUUAGGUGACCCAUCUGUCGGAGUUAAAACAAGAAGCCAACUUCUUGAGGAAAUCAAUUUUCUGUGUUUCAUGUCUCAAAUUGAACCAAAGAACAUCAAAGAUGCUCUAUGUCAUGAUGAUUGGAUUUUAGCUAUGCAAGAAGAGCUUAAUCAGUUCAAGAGACAUGAUGUUUGGGAUUUAGUUGAGAGACCUAGAGGAGUGAAU